UAUCUGGUAACACUGCAAAGUAAUAGUCAUUGAAAAUAAAGUCGCAAAAUUAAAAUAGUUUUAUAGCCGACAAAGGCCCAGGAGCAGCUAAGAUGUACCAGGAAUACAUGAACCAAUUGCAGGCCUCCAUUGCGCCCAUGGCCUCUGAUGAGCUAAAGGAACUUCUAAACGACGACGAGAAGCUUGAAACCAAAGUGGACGAGGUUCUUCAGGUGCUGCGAACUCAGAAGACCAGCGUUUUCGAAGACAACCGAAGUAGAGCGGAGCACAAUAUAGAGCGGGAGCCUCAGAUUAUAGAGCUGAGGGCUCGCCUGGCAGAACUAUCUGAUGAGGGACGCACCAGGUGUACCUCUGUCCAGGAUAAGCUGUCCCAGCUUAAGGAGAAGUCCGGUGGAGUGGGUCCUGAAACGGCACUGGCUCUACUGCAAACCGCCGCCUCCGAAAGCGAAGAGCAGACCGAGGAGAUGAUAAAGAAAUUCAACGACAGCGAUCUCGGAGUGGAAGCUUUUCUGGAGGAGUUCCUUGCAAGCCGACGGACCAUGCACUUGCGUCGCCUUAAGGCCGAGAAGAUGCAAGACCUUAUGCGCAAACAGCGCCAGGGACCGCCAAAUGCUUCUGUGCCAGCAUACGGAAACGUGUCCUCUGGCGGAUUUUAUCCUUCAGCUGGAAACUCUGCCCCCUAUCCUAUGAUGGGUCCCUUAAUGCCCAUGCCACCGUCAUCUAGACCCUACUGAGAUCUCGACCUUUGCUAGAAGCGUAUUGACUGCCACGGCGCAUCCACCAUCAAUAGAAAGCACCCAUUUCCAGAAGACAAAUGAACUUAUAGUUAAAAACUUUUUAUUGUUUAAAAUUUCAGAGUCCUCACUUUAAGUACAUAUUGCUUCAGUUUCUUCUUCUGAUACAGUGGGUUAAUUGCAAAUCAGAGGGAACGUUCUGCCUGCUUUAAAAUUAACAUUUGAGGUGCUCUACAUCUCUGCCUGCACUAAACUAUGUAUAUGUAUAUGUAUAAAUUAAGCGAAAAUUAACAUUAAUAUUAGUCAGUGAACAAUUCGUGUUAAAAAUAAACGUUUUGGAUAAAAAAUGAAA